AUGGCCACGUUGGCUGGCAUGCGAGGGGUCACCGGCAGGGAGCAGCUCCGAGCCUUCACUGGCAAUGCCAAGCGGACUCCAGCUCCUUCCGGGCCAGGGCCAGCUGCACAGCCCCCAGGCAGCGGGCCCUGCCUUUUCCAGCUCUCGGAGGACCGCCUAGGCCAAGGCUUCCGCUAUGAGUUGCCAUUCCUCCUUAGGCAGCUCAGGGGAGCGUCUCUGAGCCCCAUUAGCUCAUCUAGGGUGUGGCUUAAAUCUCUCCGGCCUGAAUGUUUUCCAGGUGUCGCUCCCGCCUACCGGAUGCAUUCACGUCCUGCUUCCUCAUCGGUUUUGAAGGCUUCAAGGAUCCACUGGGUGGCAGAGGAAAAACCCCACGUUUUGUCCAACUUGGUACAUUUCCAGUCUGAAUUACUGACAAAAACUGUCUUUCUAGGUAAGUCUCGCCUUUUGAGGCCAGCUUCUCUGUCUCUUGAACACUGCAGGGCAGGUGCUUCCGACCGCGUUCUCACGGCAGCCCAAGGAGAUGUCCCCAGGGUCCCGUUGUACCCCAGUCCUUAUUGCUGUCUGCUGCGGGGGCAGAGCCAGCCUGCUGCCUGUGCCCCUGGUCUCUGUGGCGGGAUGGCCACAUCGCUGGAGCCUGUGCUCCCUCCCAGCUGCUCUGACGACCCGUUGUCCGGUCGCCAGGUCCCUGCCAUUCUGCUGGUUCUCCUGGCAGCUGCUUGGGUGCUGUCCCAGCUGCCCUACCUACCACUUCCUGCCCACCUGCGUGCUGCAUGCUGGACAGGGACCCCACUGCCGCCUUCGUACAUCUGGGUGCUUCAAACAUUGCCGGGGUGUGCUGAUAUGUGGAGGAGAAGGGGGUGGAGGCGAUAAUGGCAGCGACAGAGGAGCGCUCUAGGGCCUGACCUACCUGUCUGCCUUCCUCUUCCCACGGUCCUUGAGGAUGGAAGGGCCAGGCUUUCCCACAGUCAUCUCCAGAUCCAUGCAGCCAGGCCCUGCUUUUGCUAUGUUAAAUGGGAGUCACAGGAAUUUAGAAAUCCCUUUCUUCUUAACAAGGACUAGCUUCUUAACUGAGAAUCAAACACUGCUUUCACACCAAAAAAAAAAAAAAAAAAAAAAAAAAAACACCUGGAA